AUGACGGACCACAUCCCGCUGCAGCCGGUGCGCCCGAAGCGGCGGAUGGACAGCAGGCCCCGCGCCGGGUGCUGUGAGUGGCUGAGAUGCUGUGGUGGGGGAGAGCCCAGGCCCCGCACGGUCUGGCUGGGGCACCCCGAGAAGAGGGAUCAGCGGUACCCCCGAAAUGUCAUCAACAACCAGAAGUACAACUUCUUCACCUUCCUUCCUGGGGUGCUGUUCAACCAGUUCAAGUACUUUUUCAACCUCUACUUCUUACUCCUCGCCUGCUCCCAGUUUGUACCUGAGAUGAGGCUUGGUGCGCUCUACACCUACUGGGUCCCCCUGGGCUUCGUGUUGGCCGUCACCAUCAUCCGGGAGGCGGUGGAGGAAAUCCGAUGCUACCUGCGGGACAAGGAAGUCAACUCGCAGGUCUACAGCCGGCUCACACUGAGAGGGACCGUGAAGGUGAAGAGUGCCAACAUCCAAGUGGGAGACCUUAUCAUCGUGGAAAAGAACCAGCGGGUGCCUGCUGACAUGAUCUUCCUGAGGACAUCAGAAAAGAACGGGUCUUGCUUCCUGCGGACGGACCAGCUGGACGGGGAGACGGACUGGAAGCUGCGGCUCCCGGUGGCCUGCACGCAGCGGCUCCCCACGGCCGCCGACCUUCUUCAGAUCCGAUCGUAUAUCUACGCGGAAGAGCCAAGCAUCGACAUCCACAACUUCGUGGGGACGUUUACCAGGGAGGACAGCGACCCUUCGGUCAGCGAGAGCCUGAGCAUCGAGAACGCGCUCUGGGCGGGCACCGUCAUCGCCUCAGGAACUGUGGUGGGUGUCGUUCUCUACACGGGCAGAGAGCUCCGGAGCGUCAUGAAUACCUCAAACCCCCGGAGUAAGAUCGGCCUGUUUGACCUGGAGGUGAACUGCCUCACGAAGAUCCUCUUCGGUGCUCUGGUGGUGGUGUCGCUGGUCAUGGUGGCCCUUCAGCACUUCGCUGGUCGCUGGUACCUGCAGAUCAUCCGCUUCCUCCUCUUGUUCUCCAACAUCAUCCCCAUCAGUUUGCGUGUGAACCUGGACAUGGGCAAGAUCGUGUACAGCUGGGUGAUUCGGAGGGAUUCAAAAAUCCCGGGGACGGUGGUCCGCUCCAGCACGAUCCCCGAGCAGCUGGGGAGGAUCUCCUACCUGCUCACGGACAAGACGGGAACUCUCACCCAGAACGAGAUGGUUUUCAAGCGGCUCCAUCUGGGCACUGUGGCGUACGGCCUCGACUCGAUGGACGAAGUGCAGAGCCACAUCUUCAGCGUCUACACCCAGCAGUCCCAGGACCCGCCCGCUCAGAAGGGCCCCACGAUCGCCACCAAAGUCCGUCGCACCAUGAGCAGCCGCGUGCACGAGGCGGUGAAGGCCAUCGCGCUCUGCCACAACGUGACUCCCGUGUACGAGUCCAAUGGCGUGACCGACCAGGCCGAGGCCGAGAAGCAGUAUGAGGACUCGUGCCGUGUGUACCAGGCGUCCAGCCCGGACGAGGUGGCCCUGGUACAGUGGACCGAAAGUGUGGGCUUAACCCUGGUGGGCCGGGACCAGUCUUCCAUGCAGCUGAGGACCCCUGGCGACCAGAUCCUGAACUUCACCAUCUUGCAGAUCUUCCCCUUCACCUACGAGAGCAAGCGCAUGGGCAUCAUCGUGAGGGACGAGUCCACGGGGGAAAUUACCUUCUACAUCAAGGGCGCCGACGUGGUCAUGGCUGGCAUCGUGCAGUACAACGACUGGCUGGAGGAAGAGUGUGGGAACAUGGCCCGCGAGGGGCUGCGGGUGCUCGUGGUGGCGAAGAAGUCUCUGGCCGAGGAGCAGUACCAGGACUUCGAGGCUCGCUACGUGCAGGCCAAGCUGAGCGUGCACGACCGCUCCCUCAAAGUGGCCACGGUGAUCGAGAGCCUGGAGAUGGAGAUGGAGCUGCUGUGCCUGACGGGGGUGGAGGACCAGCUGCAGGCGGACGUGAGGCCCACGCUGGAGACGCUGCGGAACGCCGGCAUCAAGGUUUGGAUGCUGACGGGGGACAAGCUGGAGACUGCCACGUGCACAGCCAAGAACGCGCAUCUGGUGACCAGAAACCAGGACAUCCACGUGUUCCGGCUGGUGACCAACCGCGGCGAGGCCCACCUCGAGCUGAACGCCUUCCGCAGGAAGCACGACUGCGCCCUGGUCAUCUCGGGAGACUCCCUGGAGAUCUGCCUCAAGUACUACGAGUACGAGUUCAUGGAGCUGGCCUGCCAGUGCCCGGCCGUGGUCUGCUGUCGCUGCGCCCCCACGCAGAAGGCCCAGAUCGUGCGCCUGCUGCAGGAGCGCACCGGGAAGCUCACCUGCGCAGUCGGUGACGGCGGCAAUGACGUCAGCAUGAUUCAGGAAUCCGACUGCGGCGUGGGCGUGGAGGGGAAGGAGGGAAAGCAGGCCUCGCUGGCUGCCGACUUCUCCAUCACCCAGUUCAAGCACCUCGGCCGGCUGCUCAUGGUGCACGGCCGCAACAGCUACAAGCGCUCGGCCGCCCUCAGCCAGUUCGUGAUCCACCGGAGCCUGUGCAUCAGCACCAUGCAGGCUGUCUUCUCCUCUGUGUUCUACUUCGCCUCCGUUCCUCUGUACCAAGGAUUCCUCAUCAUUGGGUAUUCCACCAUCUACACCAUGUUCCCUGUGUUUUCUCUGGUCCUGGACAAGGACGUCAAAUCAGAAGUCGCCAUGCUGUAUCCUGAGCUCUACAAGGAUCUCCUCAAGGGACGGCCGCUGUCCUACAAGACAUUCUUAAUAUGGGUUUUGAUUAGCAUCUAUCAAGGGAGCACCAUCAUGUACGGGGCACUGCUGCUCUUCGAGUCCGAGUUCGUGCACAUCGUGGCCAUCUCCUUCACGUCGCUGAUCCUCACGGAGCUGCUCAUGGUGGCCUUGACCAUCCAGACCUGGCACUGGCUCAUGACGGUGGCCGAGCUGCUCAGCCUGGCCUGCUACGUGGCCUCGCUGGUGUUCCUGCACGAGUUCAUCGACGUGUACUUCAUCGCCACGCUGUCCUUCCUGUGGAAAGUGUCCGCCAUCACGCUGGUCAGCUGCCUGCCCCUCUACAUCCUCAAGUACCUGCGCAGACGGUUCUCGCCGCCCAGCUACUCCAAGCUCACCUCCUAG